CGGUAGAGCUAACAAAAGCACGUGGUUAGAGAACCGAGGAUAUGUGUCAUGUACAUGCAUUAUAGACAGGUUAGCUAAGGUUGCUAUCUGCUGCGGUAGAAAACAGUGCACGAGUGCAGUCGAGAGUGCGCAAAGCUAGCAUGAUGAUGCUGCAGCAUGGGUCAACACAGCUGCUCUGCCUCACAGCCAGCAGUGGGGUUCCUCUGUUCACCAGAGGAGCCUCCAAACAGCUGCCAUUCUCUGUCAUCGGCUCCCUGAACGGUGUGCACAUGUUCGGGGGUGGUCAGGGAGUGGAGCUGUCCUGCUGUGAGACCGAAGGUGGGGGUAGGGUGGUGUGGAGAGUGUUCCAUGACAGUGUGAUGCUCAUCGCUGUGAGUGCGGGUGGACGAGGCGGUGCAGGCUGCAGCAACAGCAGCAGCAAGGUGGAGAAGGUCCGCUUACAGCGCCUACUGGAGAACGUGUGGAGCUGCAUGGUGCUGGUGCUGGGCCAGGAUGAGCUGACCGACGUCAGGAAUGUGGAGAGGCUGAAGAGGGACUUGCGGUCCUGCUUCACCCUCAUCGAUCAGCUGUUGGAGGAGAGGCAAGAGGGCAUCCUGGGUCACCUGACGCACUGUGCCGACUCACUGCUGCCUCCGAACCCGGCUCUUCUUCAAGAGGCCGUGGAUGGCUUCGCUGAGGCCGCGGAGAGCGAGUUUGGCUGCCUCGUCGUCCACGGCCGGGUAGCUGCCGCCACUGAGAAGUGGUGGCGCCUCGCACCUCAGGAGGUCGUGCUGCUAUCUGCUCUGAUGCGGUCCCUCUCGGCCUCUGGCUCGGCCUCUUGCGAUUAUCCAGUUUUCCUUCCCAAGGGCAGCCCCACCGUGGCCCACCGCCUGCUCCGCUUCCAGCUGCUCCCUGGGGCAGAUGUGUGCGUGCUGUGCGGCCCAACGCCUUCCCUGCACAGAGCCGAGAGUGGGCUGGUGGGUAGUUUCUGGACACCGCUGGUGGAGACCCUGAGAGACUGCCUGGCUAUAGGAGAGCGCUGCUUACCGGGAUCUGUAUCCAUGCGUCCUGAUGUGCUGGCAGUUCUUCUCAUCAACCGUGAAGCACGUCGUUCGGUCUCCUUCGUGCGGACUUCCACUAAUCAUCUACCCAGUGAGCCUCCUUUACCCUCCAAGGCCCGCUGCUGGGAGCUACUGAAGCUCUUCUACAUCUUCAGCACGACACGCUACUUCACGCAGGAGGAGACUCUGUCCGUCUCCCCAGAGGAGAGGGCUCAGAGGGGCCACCACGAAGACUUCGUCCUUGGAUUCUCCCAUCAGCCGCUGCAGUGCUAUCUAGUUACUGAGGAGUGCAAAAGCUACGGACUCCAGACACCACAGCACCAGCUCUUCCUGCUCAUCCCGCUGUCGGUGCCCACCUUUGCACUGCGUACGUUGGCCACACAGACUCUCUCUGAUAUAGUUGCAGCCACUGGGUUUUAAUUGAACCGUCAACUUAAUUUUCAUUAAAACACAUCUUUGACUUAAUAAUAUGUUAAUUUACAGGUGAAUAGCUGCUGCUAUUUAGAUUUGUCUUACAUCUUUAUUAAUGACCGCAAACGUACACAAUUACAUGUUUACUAACCCAUCUAGAGGCAUUUAAAUCAGCUUCCAUCCGUCUAACCUUUGUACAGACGAUGAUUAACAGACCUCUGGUAAGAGAUGCACAACAGAAAAGAAUAUCGCUGUUAAUCUUUACUAACUCAGGAAUGAUGUAAAUAAUUGAAAAUGGCACACCAAAGUGAACUGCCUUGAGCGUUGUUUUGCAUUCAAGAGAUAAGUCGCUGUUGUCUAACUCCACUGGCUUCAGGGCUGUUCCUGUCACAUUGAUGGAAGCUGUUUGACAGAGUGAAUACUAACGUCAUCAAUAAGAUUGCACUAUAUUCCAAUAUGUGUGAGAGAAUCAUGUGAAAAUGUUACACGGGGAUAUAUAAGUGCCUGCUGUUUGUUGUUUAGCCCUUUUUGAAUCAUUUGGCUUCAAAUAUAAAGAAUCUAUUUAUUUGUCUGAGGUACUUUUAAUCCUAAAUAUUGUUGGUUACUUUCUGUGGGUCUUGAGUGAUCUAUACUCACUUUUACUCCACUAAUGUGAUAAUGAUGUUCGGCCUCUAUGGUGAAAUCUGACGACGGGGCGAGUGCAAAUAAGGCUUUUAAACCACUUGCCAAAAAAGGUAGAAGACAAUCAAACAGGCAGUUCAAUGGUUAUAAUAGUAUUUGACUAACUACCAAUGACGGCUAAUAAAAACUAUUAUGUCACACUCACACACUUGGUAUUAAAUCCCUGUGAUUGUAGAAUGGUACUUAUUAUUCUGAUUGCACAAUUGAUGCAGCUUUUCUCAGAGGUAUUUACAUUGAACCAAAGCAGCAGACAGAAGAGAC